CGGCUUGUCGGUGUUGUGUUUUCUGGGUGGAACAACGAACAACGAAGCGAAUGAAGUUUGUAGCGCGUGGUCGUGGGUAGUGGUUUUGGCGCAUAUUUUGGCUCGCUAAAUCCACGACUGUAUGUGUUACCAGUGUUACUGUGCAGUUGUUGCGCAAGCAUGUCUGACGAAACAUUUACUCGCGAUAUUUAUUUGGAUUCUACUGAGAACUCAUUGACAAUACAUCAGUGGAGUGUAGGUGAUGUUGGCUGUGUCGUAUGGGAUGGGGCGCUCGCUCUUGGUAAAUACAUCGACCGAAGUAACUCUGUUGGACAGUGGAAGACCAACAGCAAGAUUCUAGAGCUAGGAGCAGGAACUGGCGCUGUGGGGUUGAUUGCAAGUUGCUUUGGGAAUGACGUUCUUCUUACAGACUUACCAGAACUCUUGCCGCUCAUUAAAAUGAACGUGAACGAGAACGAACGGAUAUUAAAAGGAGAAGUGGACGUUCGAUCAUUGCAGUGGGGUUCUUGUGCCGAGAACUGUAAGGACAAGCCCGACGUCCUUUUGAUGAGCGAGUGUGUUUAUUACGAAGAGUCUAUAGAGCCGCUGGUGCAGACCAUGACUGACCUGAGCGGGCCACGCACACAAACUUUGUUGUCCUACGAAGAACGGGACAACGAAGCUAACGCCAGAACGUUAGCCAAGUUCCUAGAGCUGACGCGGAAGAACUUCCUGAUUGAAGAGGUCCCGCUAGAAGACCAGCACCCGGAGUUUCGAAGCGAAGAUAUACAUAUUCUAAAGCUGUCUCGAAAACAGUCUUAGCAUAUAUGGUAACCUGGAGCACGUGCCUGAGGUCACAACCAAGGCAGCAAACUAAGCAAAUUUUUAAACAGUUGCAUUGACCCUGCCUAUAUACCCUGCUGAUAAGCGCUUGAUUAUCGGAUAUACCAUAGCGGGGAACACCCGAUUACGGUAUUGUUCCUUGAGUACUAUACUGGCACGAGCAGCGCGGCGUCGAACGAUGUAGCCAACACCUGAAAAUAAAUACCAACAUCGCCA